AUGGAGGAACAAGACCAUAUUCCACUCUCCUUCAAGGAGAUCAUGGCCCUCCAGCGUUCUGGGGGUCUUACCGAGUACGAGGCCUGGAGGCAGGCGGUGGUCUACUACAACCAGCAGCGUGGUGGGCAAGCAGAUGCCACCACCAGUGAUGAGAUCCCCCUCGGAGAAAGCAUCUUGACCUCAAAGACAGCUCCUGCAUCCGGUACCCCCGCCACCCACCUCAACCACCAGCCCGUGAACGCGGCUGGGGAAAACCACAUCCUAAUUGCAUGCAAGCCACGCGACCCUAUCGCCCAAGAACGGGUUAGGGCGAACACAGAGCGCCUGAUCGACUCUGGUGUUGCCACCAAAUUGUGCACCGACUGCACCUUGGAUGCCCCCCUUUUCAAGCCCACCGAGAUCUCUCAGACACCCCAGGAAAAUGUCAAGACUGAUGAAGAGCGUGCCCAGGAGGCCCAUGUGCAAUACUGGGCAGCAAUUAAAGAAGCUGACCAGGACAUUGAAAAGUGUCUUUAG